CACACACAUGCAUACACGCACACGCUUUUGAAGCCGAAGUGGCGGGCAGAAGCACAUCGACACCGCAGUGGCCGCUUCGGAUGGAUCCAAGCAGGUCCGAUGGAUAUGAGGCUGCGCUGGAGAUGAACGAACGCACGGGGGGAGUGAGGACCGAGUAGAAGAGCACCCAAAUCCCUCCAAGCCUUCCUGGUGCGUGUGUGCGCGCGCUCGUGAGUGUGCUCUCUUGGCAGCUGACGUGUGCACACGACUCUGGUGGCAGGAUGAGUUCGUGCAGCAGCCGCGCGUUGACCAUCCUGUCCACAGUGUUUGGGGCCUGCGGGCUACUGCUGGUGGGGGUGGCCGUGUCCACCGACUAUUGGCUCAUCAUGGUGGAGGGCGUCAUCCUGCAGCACAACCAGAGCAUGGAGGUCAAGAUGGCUCUGCAUUCAGGCCUCUGGAGGGUCUGCUUCGUGGCCGGGGCUGAAAACGGAAGAUGUGUUGCGUCAGAGUACUUCACUGAACCCGACAUCGAGAUCACCACUGAAAACACUGCAAACAUUCUCAAGAUGGUACGCACAGCGACGCCGUUCCCGAUGGUGUCGCUGCUCUUCGUCUUCACCGCCUUCGUCAUCAGCAACAUCGGACACAUCCAGCCUCAGCGCACCAUCCUCGCCUUUGUCUCGGGGAUCUUCUUCAUCCUCUCAGGCCUGAGUCUGGUGGUGGGCCUGGUCCUCUACAUCUCCAGCAUCAAUGACGAGGUGAUGAACCGCCCCAGGGAGCCCGAGCAGUUCUUCAAUUACCACUACGGAUGGUCCUUUGCCUUCGCCGCCUCCUCCUUCCUGCUCAAAGAGGGCGCAGGUGUGCUGUCCGUCUACCUGUUCAUGAAGCGCUACGCAGAGGAGGAGAUGUACCGCCCCCACCCCGCGCUCUACCGCCCCCGCUUGUCCGACAGCAGCGACUACAGCGGCCAGUUCCUCCACCCGGAAUCGUCGUGGCCGCCGCCCAAGCGAGGCCGCAGCACGUCGGAGGCCUCCAGCGACAUUUCCAUCCAGCUCAACCAGCCGCCGCCUCCCCCGCCCAAAAGCGGCGCCCAGAAGGGGGGCCAUGUCAACCCGCCGUCCGGGUCCUCUUCUGGGGGGAGCUACCCCAACCCCCCGCUGUCCGCCGGGUACCCCGCGCACAGCCUGCCCAGGUCGCACUCGCCGCAUCUCCAAGGCCAGGCCCUGUCGAUGGCCGUGCCACCCCCGCCGGUGCCGCCCCCUCACUACCACACGCACAUGCACAUGAGCGCCUCCCCCUGUUAGGAAAAGGCGCAGACUCCUUUCCGUCGUGUGGAGAAAUGGCCACAAGUGCAGCGUCCACAACAAGGUGACUAAAGUUUGGCAAUAAGUGUUCAAAUGUUCACUAGGAGAAAGGCAACGUCAAGCGAGUUAUUAGUGGGCGGGGGAAUCGGAAAGUGAUGACAUGGCUGAGGACGCAUAAACUUUUGUACGUAGCAAUUUCAAAACGUGGAUGACGUGUAUACCUUUCCACAAAAUUGGAAUGUGAUUUAACAUUUCGUACACUAUCCGUCACACCUCCGUCGCGUGCAAGUCGGAUUAUUUUGACAGCGAGUCAACAAUACCGUUGAUGGUAUGUGAAAGUUGUCACCGUUUCAAAAAGAAAUGCAAGUGGGUUACCGUCCCAAUUAUCAACAACUUUAUGUUUUGUAUAUUAGUUGAAAUUAUUGUACAUAAUCUUGCACACUGGACUUCAUGUACUGAAAAUCAGAAUGGGCAUUUUGGACACAAGAAGAAGACAAAAGGAGGACUGACGCUUUUGCCUUCUGCAAUUAGUUGCUGAUGACAUCAUCACCAUUCUCUUAAUGCAGUAGAAAACAUUUGCCCCCCCCCUCGACUUCUUUCCACCUCAGUGCGAGUAAAGUGUGCCACUCACUGCACUUAAUUUGAAGGAUGAAGCGUCAAUUGCACCCUCUACUGGCAACUUGGUGCAUUGCCCCCGGACCUGCUUUGUGGGCCGACGGUUCUUCAUUUGGAGGCCCUCGCAAAUGUUGCAGAUAUUCUUGAAAGACCAAAUUCAAGAGCAUUUCAACCUAACCAUACGAUCGGACAACAUUGUCAGAAGAAUUCCGUCGACUUUUUUUUCCCCAACAUGACAUUUUCAAAGCAAGUCGGUCAUGCUUUUAUUUAUAGCGAGGGGUGUCCUCGGUUUAUAAUGUAUAGUAUGACAUAAAAACAUUUCACAUCGUCUUUUGUUUGCCUUUUGGCUGCUCC